AUGUGCGCGAAGCUCAAACGCAAAAAGCAAGGCCAGAAGUUCCGCCUGGGUCGCGUCUUCGGCCACGCCCUCCUCGUCUCGACAGGCCUCUGGAUCCCCGUCUUCCUCUACAAGAAGUUCGUCUCCCACAAGAAAAACAAGUCCGGCAACAACGACUCGGGCGCCCGCGGCGGAGUCUACGCCAAGAUCGAGGAGGGCAGGGCGGACGACGCCAGCAACCGAGACUCGUGGUACGCCGGCGCCGCAGCAGGCACCGGCAACAACAAUAACAACAACAACACCGCGGAAAGCAAGUACGAGCCCAUGGGCUACGCACCCUACCGCGCGCAGACACCCGUCCCGCCAUACGCCCCUCGGCGGUGUCCGAUUCGACGGCAGCGGCGGGCCCGACCGGCGCCGCUGCGGAGUAUUACCUACCGCAGCCGCCUUCGAAUACCGCGCCGACGCAGCACCCGCCUCAGUACAGCUAAAGACGGCUACUAUGUGGAGCUUCCGGAAAGACGGAAAGGCGCUCAUGCCUUGGAUGAUGUCAUGAAAUGUUUUUGUUUUGCCGUUACCUAG